AUGCUCAUAAACCUCCCUCCUCCGCCUUCCGACUCGCUCACUCCCUCGGAGAUGGGCCCGUAAGUUCUCCUAGAUCUCUCGACCGCUCCCAACAUCACAUGCCAUCCUGAAACCUUGUACUAACCCCAACAGCGGCACCCCCACCUCCACCACCACCUCCAUGUCCGAACUCAGCACUGUCGCCAUCAAAGACGGCCACCGCGGCCACCUCCCCCACCACGCCUCCCAACCUGGCUCCUCCGCCCCCCUCGACGCCGAGCGCGCCGACCGCAUCUCCCGCCUCGCCGGCCUCGAACGCAUUUCCCAGCAACCCGCCCGCCCCCCCACCGGCUCCCUCGCCCCCUCCAACACCUCGCUCUCCGUCCAAGCCGGCAGCCCCGCGCAGUUCCCCGCCGCCACACACCCCAGCGGCGCGGGAGCGGGGCAUCCACACGCGGGUCCCGGCGCUGGGCACCAUGCGACCGUGGCGUUCUUCAGUAGCGCGGGCGAGCCGACCAUGGUGCGCGAUCGCAGCACAGUGGGAAGCGCGUCGGCGACGGGAUCGGUUGGGGGGCGGACGACGUGGGCAAGUGGGAGCGACGUGGGGAUGGACGACGGGGCGACGGCGACGACGGACCGGGUGAGCGAGGACGGAGGGGUGCAGAUGCGGGACGAGGAGGACCUGGAGCACGAGAAUGAGGGGGAGGGGAAGAGCCUGAUGGGGGAGACGGCGAGUAGCGUGGGGGAUUACGGGGGGGACGAUCGGUUUAGCGACGGGGGGUCGUUGGUGGCGUUUGGGGAGGGGGCGCGGACGCCGGCGCGGGCGGCGAGUGGGGUGGGGAGUCCGGUGGUGGGGAAGGCGGCCGUGGUGCCGGUGCAUUUGCGGGAGACGGGACAAAGCGCGCUGGGGAGGGAGGUGGCGGCGGGGAGCGAGCGGAACGAGGCGCGGUUGAUCGACGGGAUGACGUACGAUGCGAACGUGGUCGAUACGGCGGAUCGCACGCCGCCGGUGGUGGGGCCGGGGGCGGAGGGGAGGAGGGGGAUGACGACGACGCAGAGGGCGGAACGGGAGAUUAAAGAGAGGCGAGAGCGAGGGGAGAUGGAGGAGUAGAUGCGUUCGGAAGCGGCAGAGUUAACGCUACGGGUGGAUUUGUUUGGUAGGGGAGGUACGCCCUUCUUGACGUGGUGUUUGGUAACAUUAUAUGUGAUGUAUGUCUAUGGGAUGUUUUCAGCGUGUUUUGGUCGGGCAAGGGACACUGUCGCAUUGAAGAGCACUGUCACUGUCGUUAUUGUGGGAUAUAAGGUUUUUGGCCAUGAAUCGUCUCCAGCGACUGGCGGGGCCUGUAGCAAUG